AUGCAGAACCACGCAAACGAGUUCGUGGACCUGUAUGUGCAGCAGAAAUGCUCCGUCAGCAACCACAUCAUCGGCGCCAAGGACCACGCGUCCAUCCAGAUGAAUGUGGCUGAGGUUGACAAGGUAACAGGCAGGUUCAAAGUCCAGUUUAAAACCUACGCUAUCUGUGGGGCCAUUCGCAGGAUGGGCGAGUCAGAUGACUCCAUUCCCGGACUGGCCAAGACUGUCGUCGGCAUCGUCUCUAAGAACUUCUGA